AUGCGCAACCAGGCCAACAUGGGCCCGAUCGUGCUCGUGCUCAUGCUGCUGCUGACCAUGUUCUGGGCGUUUGUCUUCCUCGCCUUCUUUGCGUACGCACCCGUGCUCUGCGCGUCGAUCGUCGGCUUCCUCUACGUCAUUGGCCUCUACCUCAGCACCGAGUCGAAGUGGGCAUGGCACAACGCACAAGAGUUUGAGAACCGGUUCUGGACCGUCAUGGCCUUCCUCUUCAGCACCGCGCUCGUCUACAUCCAGGACUCGCCGUUCUCGAUCGGCCGCUGGAGUCCAUCGCUCGGCGGCGUCAUCGUCAUUGCCUUCACGCUCGGCGUCCAGUUCCUCGACCGCCACGUGCACCGGAAAGCGCUCUCGGAGCUGAGCCGCCUUAGCACGCCGCCGCUCUUGCGCGUCAACGUCUCGCCCGCGCAGGCCAAGGUCGACAUCAUCAUGCACUGCAUCGAGAUGAUUGACCGUAUUUAUUUACCCUCGACGAUCAACAACAUGAUCAACAUGGAGCACGUCAAGGAGCAGGAGUACAAGACGUACACGAUCCUCGAGCGCGCCGAGAAGGACGAACUAAAUUAUAUCCUCGGCCGCAUCCCGCUCGCGCUGCUCUUUUACAAGGUCAAGGACGCCAACCGCACGCUGCUGCUCCAGCUCCUCUGCGAGAGCCGCCUCAUCGACCUCUCGAUCCAGUCCCGCGCCAUUGUCCUCGACGCACUCAUGCUCAUGCGCAUCAGCGCCCACGAAAAGUGCGAGCGCUUCGUGCGCAACAUCAUCACGCGGACCAACGGCGACGACCUCUCGAUCCUCAAGUCGACAACGGACUCCAAGGGCAGCGUCCACAGCAUGCACAAACUCAUCUACCACGACAUCCGCGACAUUGCGAUCCGGACCGCGAUCCUCAACCACAUCAAGAACCAGGCCAACAUCCAGCGCGCGCACAUGACGCUCAGCACCAAGAACAUUGGCUCGAAGCGCAAGCAGCACGCGUGGCGCAAGGUCCUCAGCGACGUGGACGACACGCUCUACUCGUCCGGCGGCUUCUUCCCCGCGGGCAUGGACACGCGGUACCCGCGCCACGCCAUGUACCCCGGCGUGCUCGCGUUCUACCGGCAGCUCGACCUCGGGCAGAGCGGCCCGGUGCACUGGGAGCAAGGCCGCGUCGGCAACCUCGCGUUCCUCUCGGCGCGCCCGCACGUCUACAAGGACAAGUUCAAGGGCUUUUACGACCACUACGGCAUGCACACGCUGCCGUCGAUGCUCGCGGGCUCGAUGACGUCUGGGUACGACUUCAUGGUCAAGGGCGACCUCGAGCCGAUGGCGCAGAAGAAGUUUGAGAACUUUUGCGAGUACUACUCGAUCUACCCCGAGUACAAGCACGUCUUUAUCGGCGACAAUGGCCAAGGCGACGUGCGCGCGGCGCAGCUGAUUGCGGAAAAGUUUGGGCCGUCCGUGCUCGAAGCCGCGUACUUUCACCUGGUCCAGCCCAUCGAGCGCACGUUUGGGUUUGUCGACAAGGCCACGUACAAGAAGCUCAACAUCAUCUUCUUUGACACGUACGUUGGCGCGGCCGUCCACGCGUGCCGCCUCGAGCAAAUCUCGAUCGGUGGGCUGCGGCAAAUCUGCGACGACGCCCGCGCCGGCUUUGUCGCCAUCGCGUUCAAGACGUCGGCGGCCCGGGACGCGCAGCGAGAGAAGAUCAACUACGACCUCUCGCUCGCCAACGAGCUCCUUGGCACCCCGCGCGUCCCACUCAUCGAGAAGCCCCAGCGCUUUGGCCUCAACACGGUGCUCUACACGCCGUUUGGGAAGGGGUCGAUCCUGUCGUACGACGGCAUUACGGGCAUGUACACGGUGAACUUGACCGAGUGGUGGCUCAAGACCAAAGACACGGCGCGCGUGUACCUUCCAGAGGCGUCGCUCUCGACCACCAAGGUCACAAAGGGCCACAAUGAUUUCUCGUCGUCGGCGGCCAAGCCGAGCAACCCAAGCGGGAACCCCCUCGCGUUUGUCAAGACCAACUUUGUGACGGUCAUGGACCCGCUUCUGCUGCUGCAAGGCGUCUUUCCGCCCGACACGUCGGUGCAGACGACGUUUGGGCCCGGUCGCGUGGUCCGGUACCGGCCCGACGACAUUUACGAAGUCCAUCUCUUCAAGCACGGCGUGGCCCACGCCUACUGCCACCCGUCGACGAUAUCGCAAAUCUCGGACGUCGAGCCGCCGCUACCGGCCACGGGCUUUGUCCGCUCGUCGCUCGAGUUCUUCACGAAAGCGUUCCAGCGCCAGUUUGGCCACAAGCCGCCGCCGCGCUACCCCAAAGGCUCGCGCGUGCACACGCCGUUUGGCCAAGCGGUUGUGCUAUCGUCGUUGCCGCACCACGUCUACUCGGUGCGCCUCGACGCGGCCGCGCUGCGCGACACGGUCGUCUCGGUGCAAGAAGACGCGCUCUCGACCGUCGUCUCGGCGCCGCCGCGGUCGUCGGGUCUCUUCUCGCUCCUCUCGUUUGCGAGUGCGACCAAGGACAAGCCGGUUUUUCCCAAGCACACGGCGGUCACGACCUUUUUUGGGCCGGCGUCCGUGCUGCGGUACCGGUCGCGCGACGCGACGUACGAACUGCGCUUCGCCCACGGCGUGCUUGGCUACUUUCAGGCGUCAUGCGUCCAGAAGACCAAGGCGCCGUCGUCCAGCAUCGGCCUCUUUGACCGCUUCUCGACCUUUGUCAAGCCGAAAGCGUCACCAGCGCUCUCGACGACGGCGGCCCCGUGCCUCGACCCGCCGGCGUUGGAUCUCAAGGCCGAUGCACCGGUCGAGACCCCGUUUGGCCCCGGCCGUGUCGCCGCGCCGCACUGCGAUGGCGUCCUGCGCGUCACCUUGAGCGACCCGGCCAUGAGCGGCGUCCAAGCGUUUGUUCAGACGCCGUAUCUCACGGAGCGCGAAGCCAACACGCGCAAGUACAGUCUCAUCGACACGCUGACGUUCUUCCGGCGCUACUACGAGUCGGAGCCAGACGUCGAGGCGCCGACCACCGACGCCCGCAAGGAUGCGUUCAAGCUCGCGCGCGCGUCCGACUCGGUGCAAGUGGACGGCGACGGCAGUGCGUUCGUGGCCAGCGACGCUGACCCGAGCGUGCACUUUCCCGUGCACGGGCGCAUUGGGCUGCCCGUGAGCACGGUGUUUGGGCCUGGCGUGCUCUUUGGCGUCCGGUCGAGCGACGGCGUCCACGUCAUCUCGUGGCGCGACGGCACCCACGGCUACGUGCAGGCGAAGGACGUCUAUGGCGAGAUGAAAGCGGUGAUUGGCGACUGGGUGGGCACGCCGUUUGGGAAGGGCCGCGUGCGUUCGUACCGCCGAUCGGACCACGUGUACGUCGUGGCGCUCGAGAAGGCGCUCAAGGCGCUUUGCUACGUGCACGAAGCCAGCGUCGAGCGGCUCCUCAUUGAGAGCGACAACAUCAUUCCGUCGAGCUGCGGCAUCAUGUAA